AUGUCCUCCAAUAAAAUACCGAAAAGUUCCAGUAGUUCUAAGCGCAAAAGAAACGACGGAAAUAACAAGUUUUACGCAGUCAAAUGUGGAAUACGACCUGGUGUCUACAAUUCGUGGAAAGAAUGUCAAGCUCAAAUCACUGGUUUCAGUGGUGCUAAUUACAAGGGUUUUACAAAUUUUGAAGAUGCACAAAGCUAUGUCGCUGGAAAAACAGUCACAAACCCCACUAAGUCGACCAACAAAAUAAGGUUCUAUGGGGUUGCAGUAGGACACUGCCCAGGCGUCUAUACAGAUUGGGAAGAGGCCAGUAUGCAAAUCAAGGACACUAAAAAACCUAUCUUUAAGAAAUUUUCAAGCUUUGAGGAGGCCAGGCUUUUUGUUCAAUCUAGAGGGAAGGAACAUGAUUGCGAGAAAAAUGUUCUCGCCGAAACUCCAUCAACUUAUGAUCCCGAGAAAACAGUAGCUGAAGAGAACAACCCUUCUAAAAAAGUAAAAAUGAAUAGCGAGAUCUCUAUAAAAUCUCAAGGUCUAGAACCUGGCAUUACAGAUACCGAUCCAAGGCAAACUGAAACAGAAAAUUCAAAGUUAGUCGUGGCUUACACUGACGGUAGCUCCAGGGGAAAUGGGACUUCGAACGCAAAGGCAGGGAUAGGCGUUUACUUCGGCAAGAAUGACCCAAGGAAUAUCUCUGAACCACUUCUUGGAAAGCCUCAAACCAAUCAACGAGCCGAGCUCAGUGCUAUUUGGCGCGCCAUUCAAAUCUGCCCUGAAAGUAAAAACCUCCGACUCUUUACAGACAGUAAUUACUCAAUCAAAUGCUUAACUACCUGGUACAAAGGCUGGCUAAAGAACAAAUGGCGUACUGCAAGUGGCUCACCCGUCUUGAAUCGGGAUCUUAUUCAGGCUGUACGCACCUUAAUAAAUCAUAGAGACAGUUGUGGGGUAACGACUGAGCUGCAGUGGGUGCGCGGCCAUGAUAACGACCCAGGUAAUGAAGCAGCAGAUCAGCUAGCGGUAGCAGGAUCUUACGCUUCUCGCUGA